UGGCAACACAUUUCACAGUCAUUUAUCGAGCCCGUUCAAUCAUCUUGUUUUAGUAGUGAAAACGGCUAAAGGCGAGGGGAACGUGGCUUACCUUCUAUUUUCGGACACGCAUUUCCAGUCCAGUCGAUGUCCCGUGCGAGGCGCGCGCCGGCAAAGCCGUGAAUCGGAACGCGAAUUCGAAAUUUAAAUCUUUAAGUGGAGUUCGAUUAACUUUUUUAAAAAUGACAGUGGAGAAACCUGUGAUUUCGGGAAUCAACAUCAAAAGUUCUCAGAACCGUCUCCUGAUCAAAAAUGGCAGGGUUGUCAACGACGAUGGAAUGGAGGAUGCUGAUGUGUACAUUGAAGACGGAAUCAUCAAACAAGUGGGUCGCAACCUCAUCAUCCCUGGUGGGACCCGCACCAUCGACGCCACCGGCAAGCUGGUGAUGCCAGGGGGAAUUGACCCUCACACCCACUUCGAGCUGGAGAUGAUGGGUGCCAAAACCGCCGACGACUUCUACAAGGGCACCAGGGCGGCUGUAGCUGGAGGCACUACCACCAUCAUCGACUUCGUGCUCCCACAAAAAGGACAAUCUCUUAUAGAAGCUUACAAUAACUGGAGACAAAAAGCCGAUAAUAAGGUGUGUUGCGACUACGCUCUCCACGUCGGAGUGACCUGGUGGUCUGCUUCCGUAAAGAAGGAAAUGGAGCAGUUGGUUUCCGAACAGUACGGUGUCAACUCCUUCAAGAUGUUCAUGGCGUACAAAGAUGCUUGGAUGUUAGAUGACUAUGAAUUAACAUGUGUGAUGGAGGCUUGUACUGAACUACGAGCUUUGCCUAUGGUCCACGCUGAGAACGGCCACAUAAUCGCCCGCAACACCGAAAGGUUAUUGGCGCGUGGUAUUAGUGGCCCCGAGGGGCACCAGCUGGCGCGCGACGAGGAGGUCGAAGCUGAGGCCGUCAACCGCGCCUGCGUUAUCGCCAACCAGGCGGACUCCCCGCUUUACAUAGUGCAUAUGAUGUCAAAGAGCGCCGUGCAAGCUUUGGAAACGGCCCGCCUCAGGCAGAAACCCCCUGUUUAUGGGGAAACUUUGGCCGCGACCGUCGGUACUGAUGGCACCCACUACAGGAACGCUUGUUUCCGUCAUGCGGCCGCUCACGUGUUGUCGCCGCCAUUACGACCGGAUCCGGAUACACCCCAAGCCAUGGUGGAAGCUUUGGCAGACGAUCGUCUGCAACUGAUUGGCAGCGACAACUGCACGUUCCACGAGAAGGACAAGGAGAUUGGCAAGGACAACUUCGCGAAGAUCCCCAACGGUGUUAAUGGCGUCGAGGACCGCAUGUCUAUCCUGUGGCAGAAGGGCGUCAACACUGGUGUAAUGGACCCGUGUCGCUUCGUAUCCGUAACGAGCGCUACAGCAGCUAAGAUCUUCAACUUGUGGCCUGGCAAGGGACGGGUGACCGCGGGCAGCGACGCCGACAUCGUGGUGUGGGACCCCACCCUGCAGCGCACUAUAUCCGCUGCCAACCAUCGCCAUGCCGUGCCCUUCAAUAUAUUCGAGGGCCAGACCGUGGUAGGAGGUCCCCAGUACGUGAUAGUGAAUGGGAGGGUGUGCCUCGAUGACGGAGACUUGAGGGUGGCUGAAGGUUCGGGUCGUUUCCUGAAGACUCCUGUGGACAGCCCCUACAUAUUCGGGGGGGAUGCGCCCUCCGCCUCCCCUCGUCCUCAGCAUCACUCCCCUAAGGACUCCCCCAUCAAGAUCUCCAACGGAAACGGAACGCCAGAUCUGCAAGCGGUACAGCGCCAAUUGGACAGCGUUAGCGUGUCCGGAUGCAGCACACCCACGGGCCGUAAGAUGCGAGAACCGGGGCAACGAAACCUGCAGAACUCCACCUUCUCUAUUAGCAAAGAGGUCGAGGGGUUGGACACGAAGACCUCAGUCCGCGUCCGGAACCCGCCGGGCGGCAAGUCGUCCGGACUCUGGUAA